CCAACAGUCGAAAGCUGGUCGGCGAAAAAGGGAGAAGACGACAAAAGGAGCUUUACUCCUGCAGUGAAAUCGCAUUAAACACCUCCGCUACGCGUGAUCGGCUCGCAUUCGCGCUCACGGACUGACAUCCUGAUCAUAAACGGCGAGAUUUAUGUGCCCAAGCUCGUGAAAACAAGUAAACUCGCCGUGGUCACUGAAAUGAGCGAGGCUGAAGUUGGCUUCCGAUUCGAAUUUUCCCGUUCCACCUUAAACGGUGCGGGCGGGUACAUUAUGGCACCUGAAGCGACACAAUGUAACUGCUGCGCCGUUUAAGGUGGAACGGGAAAAUACGAACAAGAAAGCUGGCGAAGAGCCUCGUCUGGAAUCAAGUUACGUCGAACCGGCUUAUAAACAGACACGUUUAAACCGGACGGGGCUGUCGUCGGUGAUAGGAGUAGGUUAAUGCCUGCAAACCCAGAAUAAACCAAAUUAACAGGCGUUUACUCCGACAAAUGCACCGUGUGGCCGGUGAGCGACGCUGCUAAACCCACCAGCUAAGCCGGUUCACUCCUAUAAACGAGCGUUAACGUGCGUUUUCUGAACAGCUAACUAACGUUAUCUUCACCAAAAAACCCUUUAAACGCUUUGAAGAGAACGCUCAUGCUUAAGUAACGCUAAAUAUUUUAGAUUUCAUCGUGUUUUCGAAACGUGACCGCUAAACGUCAUAUUUCACGAUGGCCACUAUUUUCCAGAAACCGUUUUUUUGUCAGCUAAGUUAGCUAGCUUAGCUUAACAGUUUCGACUUAACAGUUUCGGUUAUUUUAUUUAUUCUUUUUGCCGCGUUCUUAAAAUAGAAGUUAAAAGAUACCGAGUUUAAACAAAAUUGAAGUCUUUUAGCGAAGUUGGUUGAGAUUUCUUGUGCCGUCUUAAAACGCGAACGUUAUUUAGCAACUUACAUUCAGUCCGUUCUAACAAAAACCUGGCUAGCUAACGUUAACUAUCAAAUAGGUUAGAUUUCAUUAGAUAUUAUUAGAUAUAUCUAGUUAUUACAUAUAUUAGAUUUCAUCUUGUUGUCGAAGCGUGACCACUAAAAGUCAUAUUUCAUGAUGGCCACUAUUUUCCAGAAACCGUUUUUAUUGUCAGCUAGCUAAGUUAGUUAGCUAACGUAGCUAAGACUUAACAGUUUCGGUUAUUUUGUUUAUUAUUGACGCAUUUUAAUAUGUAAGUUAACAGAAAAUGAGUCUAAACAACAUUGAAGUCUUUUAACUUAAGUUAGUUGAGAUUUCUUGUGUCGUGUUUAAACGUAGCUUUAAACGUGUUUAAACGUAACUUAAAUGGUCCAUUUUAACAAAAACGUGGCUAGCUAAUGUUAAAUAUCACGUAAACCUCCUAUAAAAUAUUAGAUUAUGUAAUAAAACAUUAUUUUCUUGCAUAAUAACAAUAUUAGUCUCUGUCUUAUGAAAAGAAUGACCAAUUUUGACGCAUAGGUGGAUAAAAAUAGUUUAUUUUUCCUCAGAUGUGAUCAAGUUAGGCUAACGUUUGCUAGCGAGCUAACUAAGAUUUGUGUAAAUGAAGAAAACCUGACCGCAUAGCGAACAUUUUUAACACAAUUUUUCCUUUUAUUUUGUUACGUAGGUUAUUCCUGAACAUACAUGCUAUAAAAUAUUUGCUUCAGAGAACAAGAACCUUAUCUCUGAACUCUGGUGUAAUAGCUGGCCUCUCUAUCUGCUGAGCUAAGCAAUCUGACUACGAGUUUGUUGGCUGCAUUAAAUUAUUCAAUUAUAUUAAAUUAAUCUAUAUUUCCAAGUCUUAUACCGUUCAUAUACCAGUUUUCUGCUUAUUGUAAUCCACUGUAUUUAUUUGUCCUAUGUGCUAACUUACCUGUGAUCUGUACGUUAAUGUAAUAUAAAAAAAUAUAAUAAUGGAUUUGGUAUUUCAGAUGAAAGUUCUGCCCUUUUCUCUCUGUCUUACCCAUAUCUUACAGAACCUGUCACCAGAACAUGCUGAGUUGAACCCUGAGGAUGACAGAGUCUGAAGAAUUCACCUUAUCCCUGGAUAACCUCUUUUUUGACAGACCAUUGGUUCAUAAAGUGAACCCAUUAUGUCAGGAACAGAAUGUCUGGCAAGUGGAUGCUGCACCAUCAGUUUCAGAAAUACCAGCAACCCAAGACAUCCAGAGGGAAGCUGAAUGCCUGUCUUCAGCUGGUUACUCUCAGAAGGUAAAGAGGUUUUUGCCACCUUUCCAAAGACCCGUUGUCAGUGCUGUGAAGCAGGUCCAUAGACGGACAGAUGAGGCAGAUGGCCAGAUGAUGUUCAGUGUGCGAACAGCUGUUGAAAGUAUUGAUCAAGCCUACCCUGGUUCACUGCAGGAGUUCAGUGAUGUUGUGGAAACCAGAUCAUACACAAGUCCUUCUUUAAGGACACGGCUGUUCCAAGCCCCUACGAGAAAGGCCUUGGAGAGCUUCAGUGUCUCAGGUCCAACGAGAUCCCCUACAAGCGACCACAGACUCAGUCAGGUCGCUAUGGCAACCGACCAUCCUCCUACAGCGCACCCUGUUGCUACCUGUAGCCCCUUCAUGAAGCCAGGCCAGAUUGAGGAUUGCAAUUCUCAACAACAAAAGCAUGACGCUGCUGCCAAAAAAGCCCACAUUAUUCCUCUGACGCCAAGGCCCAUUCAUAUUCAAGGAUCAUCUGGACCCGAGAUUCUUCGUUCCAUCUCUGAAAUUCCUGCUAAAUUUAGAAGUGUCUUCAAAGAGUUCCCCUACUUUAACUAUAUGCAGUCCAAAGCAUUGGAUGAUGUACUUUACACCAGCAAGAACUUUGUUGCCUGUGCCCCCACUGGCUCAGGGAAAACUGCGCUCUUUGAGUUGGCCAUUGUUCGGCUGCUUAUGGAGACCAUAGAGCCUUGGAACAGCGUCAAAGCUGUCUACAUGGCACCAAUUAAGGCCCUUUGCAGUCAGCGAUAUGAAAACUGGAAGCUGAAAUUCGGACCUCUCGGGCUGAACUGCAAAGAACUGACAGGAGACACUGAGAUUGAUGAUGUUUUCGAAAUCCAGGAUUCACAUCUGAUCAUAACAACACCAGAAAAAUGGGAUAGUAUGACAAGGAAGUGGAGGGAUAACUGUCUGCUGCAGUCAGUCCAGCUAUUCCUCAUUGAUGAGGUACAUAUGGUGAAAGACUCAAGCCGAGGACCUACCCUUGAGGUUGUGGUCAGCAGAAUGAAAGCCAUACACACCUGUUGCUUGGCUGCAAAUCCAAACUCUAAGAGCUACAUGAGAUUUAUCGCAGUCUCUGCCACCAUCCCUAAUGUUUGUGAUAUAGCUGAUUGGCUAUCAGAUGAGCAGGGCCCGGCUACUUGUCUGGAGAUGGAUGAGAGUCAUAGACCUGUGAAAUUGAGGAAAGUAGUGCUGGGAUUCCCAUGUGGAAACAACCAGAAUGAAUUCAGAUUUGACCUCUCCCUCAACUACAAAAUGGCCAGUAUCAUUCAGACCUACUCUGACCAAAAGCCAACACUGGUGUUUUGCUCUACGAGGAAAGGAGUCCAGCAGUCUGCUGCAGUGCUCGCCAAGGAUGCCAGAUUCAUUAUGAGUACUGAUCACAGGCAGCGGUUGAUGAAAUAUGCCAGCUCUGUUCUUGAUUCAAAACUCAGAGACCUGAUUAUGUGUGGUGUUGGAUAUCACCAUGCUGGCGUCAGUGUGUCAGACAGAAAAGUGGUUGAAGAUGCAUUUACAGUUGGUGACUUGCCUGUCCUCUUUACCACCAGCACUUUGGCGAUGGGUGUGAACCUGCCAGCUCACCUGGUGGUGAUCAAGUCCACAAUGCAUUACAUUGGUGGAUCAUGUGAGGAGUACAGCGAGGCUGACAUGCUUCAAAUGAUCGGCAGAGCAGGCAGGCCACAGUUUGAUACAUCAGCGACUGCUGUGAUCAUGACCCGAUCUCAGACCAAAGACAAGUAUAUGCAGUUUUUGAACGGCUCAGAGACAAUAGAGAGCAGUCUGCAUACAAACUUGGUGGAGCACUUGAAUGCUGAGAUUGUCCUUCACACCAUCUCUGAUGUGAACAUGGCUUUAGACUGGAUUCGUUCCACUUUCCUCUAUAUAAGGGCCUUGAAGAACCCCAGACAUUAUGGUUUUUCCGCUGAUCUUGACAAAUGUGGAAUCGAGACCAAACUGCAAGAGCUCUGUUUGAGAAACCUGAACUCACUGGCCUCCUUUCAUUUAAUCACAAUGGACGAAGACAUAAACAUCAAGCCAACUGAGAGUGGGAAGCUCAUGGCUCGGUACUGUGUUGCAUUUGACACCAUGAAGCAGUUUAGCAAGGUGACGGGUCGAGAAACACUGCCGGAAUUGAUUGAAAUGAUAUCAAAGGGCAAGGAGUUUAGUGACGUGCAGCUGAGAGUGAAUGAGAAGAGAACACUGAACACACUGAACAAAGAUAAGAACAGAGUCACCAUCAGGUAUCCAAUGGAGGGAAAGAUCAAAAGUAAUGACAUGAAAGUUAACUGUUUGAUUCAAGCUCAGCUGGGCUGCAUUCCAAUUCAGGAAUUUGGACUCACACAGGACACUGGGAAGAUUUUCAGGAAUGGAAUCCGAGUUAGCAAAUGCCUGGUUGAAUUUCUCAGUCACCACUCCAAGGCGAAUUUCUCAGCUCAGCUCAACUCCCUGAUUUUGGCCAAAUGUUUCAGAGCCAAGCUGUGGGAAAAUUCUACCUAUGUCUCCAAGCAGCUGGAUAAGAUAGGGUUAUCACUCGCCACUGCUAUGGUGAAUGCAGGACUGACAUCGUUCAACAAGAUUGAAGCUACCAAUGCCAGAGAACUGGAGCUGAUUGUGAAUCGACACCCUCCAUUUGGAAACCAGAUAAGAGAAGCUGUCAGCAAACUCCCCAAAUAUGAAAUUCGUGUUGAGCAGCUUCCGCGAUAUAGCGUCUCCACAGCAGAUAUCUUGGUCACAGUGAACUUGAAGAACUUUGAGCAGCUCCUAACCAAAAGGACUGCCCCAGACCAUCAUUACGUCACUCUCAUCAUUGGAGAUUCUGACAACCAUGUGGUCUUCCAACAGAAGAUCUCGGAUAGUUUACUUUUGAAGUCUGGGAGCUGGACCAGGAAAGUAGAGGUUACAAGAAGUUCACAGAAAGAUGAGAUCAGCAUGAAUUUGAUAAGCUCUGUAUACGUGGGUCUGGAUAUCCAGCAGAAAUUCAGUGCCUUCUACUACGGAGCAAAGACAUUCGGAGCUGAAUCAUAUGGUGUAGAGGCUCCGGAAUCUAAGCUUCAGAGAAUACAGGAAACAUCACAGAGAGCUGCCGACUCAGUGCUGAAAUCUCAAACAGCCACACGGAGAGCUCAGACCACAGCACAGAGAGAUCAGUAUAAACACCUCUCUGAUAUCAGAGAUCCUAUUCAGACAGAGCCUGGCAAAAGAAAAUGUAACCAUUUUUGUAAAAACAAGGAGCUCUGUGGUCACGACUGCUGCAAAGUCGGAGUGCAGGUGGUGAAACGGCCUCUGAAUCCAGAAUCCAAUAUCUCAUCCUAUGUCAGAGAUCUUAAGAUGAGGAACGAGAAACUCAUAGAGACGCCAGUCAAACGUCUGAAGAUGAGAAUGAAUGCUGAGGCAGAGAACAUCAACAUGCAGCAGUUCUCCUACACGCGUAAAGAUCCAAUUCCAGCUCAUACAAGGUUUGAGGAAUUUCCGUAUUAUCCUCAAAGUGUGGAAGCAGCAGAGAGUUUAACCACACCUGCAGAGGCGUCAUAUAAUGAUUACAGUGAAUACCCUGGAGGUUUUUAUUCUGAAAUGGAGGACAGUCUACAUGAACAAACCAUCCAGACUAGUGCAAACAUUGUGCUUCAGAAUGCUAAUAUGAGAAAAGACAGCUCAGAGAGACUCGCAAACCGAAUUCCUACUAAUAAAAGUAGAGCUCACACAACCAACUCACAUCCAGACCACAGCACUGAGAGCAGCUUUUCAUCUGAUGUCCUCAACGUGACUUUUGACCUGGCAGUGGACGACUGGGAUGACUUUGACGAUGCUAACUUGGUGCUUGCUAGCAAUGUUUCAUACCCUGAAAAUCGACCAACAGAUUGUUGGACUUCACUUCCUCUUGGUUAUGCAGAGCCUAAACCAACAUUGAGGGCUGGACCUGCAACUUUCACAUCACAAACAGUACUAAGUCCUGUACUAUCUGCAACCACGACAAAUCAUCUAGUCUCAAAACAAAACAAUGCAAGAAAUUUCUCACUCGGACGCCGAUUUGAUUUCUUCUCAAAGAGAGAUGCAGCGAAUGGAGAACAGAAAGCUUUUGGCAGGGACCGAAUGGUGGAGAAUGAAGAGGUUGACAUGUUCUUCGGCAUAUUUGAUGGCAUUUUCUAAAGUGUCUUGUGGUUGUUCAUAAGAAUUAAUAUGUUAAACAGUAAGGAAGUUAUUUAUUUGUGUAUUUAUUGGUUUUAUCAUAUUCUUCACAUGUUUUUAUAUAAACCUAGAUGAAUUACAUUUACAGUUUUUCAUAAAGUUGAUUUCUCUAAGAAGAGAAAUGUGGUAAUGCCCCUUAAGUUCAUAUGUAUUAGUAAAGCAUUUUGUUACAAAAUAUUACUUAUCAUUAAUAAAUGUAUUUAUCAGCAAUUGAUUCUCUUGAUCACUCUAUCUUCCUAAACAGAUUAGGCAGUAUUGAGGUUUUGGAUCACUCUUUGGCUUUGUUCUCAAAGUAACUCUCUCAUAAGGUUCAGUGUGUUAAAUUGCAUAAUUGUCUUUCUCGCCCUCUUCCUGUUACUAAAGGAGUUCCCCAGGGCUCAAUAUUAGGUCCUACUCUGUUUUCUGUAUUUAUUAACAAUAUCAUCCAAGAGUUUGCUUCCAAAGCUUGACUGUCUCUAUUAUUCUGCUAUACGGUUUGCUACAAAUGCCCCUUUCAAAACGCAUCCCUGUGCUUGGACUUUCACCCCCUUAUUUAUCUACAUAUCUACUUAUCUAUUUAUCUGUCUGUCUAUCUAUAUAUCUAUCUAUCUAUCUAUAU